CGGCGGGCCAAUCAGCGGCGCCCACGACCCUCCCCGCCGGAGCCGGAGCCGCGAGGCCGGGGCUCCGCCGCCAGUGUCGCGGCGGGCGUGGGGCGGCCAUGGUGUGCGCCGCCGCCUCGGCCGGGCGGCUGGGCCCCGCGCUGCCCUUCCUCAUCGUGCUCCUCGACCUGCAGUACCACGGAGCUGAAUGUGGAAUAAAUGCUGAAGUAGAAAAACAACUUGAAAUGGGAAAGAAGUUAUUGGCUGCUGGACAGCUAGCAGAUGCUUUGUCUCACUUCCAUGCGGCUAUAGAGGGAGACUCUGAUAACUACAUUGCUUAUUACAGAAGAGCCACAGUGUAUUUAGCCAUGGGGAAAUCUAAAGCAGCGAUUCGCGAUUUAAGUAAAGUGGUGGAAUUAAAGCAGGACUUCACAUCCGCAAGAUUACAGCGAGGACACUUACUGCUCAAGCAAGGAAAAUUUGAUGAAGCGGAGGAUGACUUUAAAAACGUGCUCAAAUCCAAUCCCAGCAAUAAUGAGGAGAAAGAAGCCCAGACUCAGCUGACAAAAUCUGAUGAGCUACAGCGCCUGCAUUCACAAGCAUUAUCUGCCUACCAGCAAGAGGAUUAUGAAGCCGCGAUCUCUCUUCUUGAUGAAAUCUUGGCAGUUUGUGUUUGGGAUGCAGAGCUACGGGAACUUCGAGCUGAGUGUUAUAUAAAGGAAGGGGAGCCAAGCAAAGCCAUUAGUGACUUGAAAGCUGCUGCCAAAUUAAAGAACGAUAACACUGAAGCCUUCUAUAAAAUAAGCAGGAUAUAUUAUCAGCUUGGGGACCAUGAAUUAUCACUCAGUGAAGUCCGGGAGUGCCUGAAACUUGACCAAGACCAUAAGCAAUGUUUCUCUCUCUAUAAACAAGUAAAGAAACUCAAUAAGCAGAUUGAGUCAGCAGAAGAAUUCAUCAGAGAAGGCAGGUAUGAAGAUGCUAUCAAUAAAUAUGACUCUGUUAUGAAAACUGAGCCAGAUGUCCCAAUUUAUGCUACACGUGCCAAAGAAAGGAUCUGUCACUGUUUGUCAAAGAAUCAGCAGGCUACAGAAGCCAUAAAAGUUUGUACAGAAGUUCUGCAACUGGAACCAACCAAUGUGAAUGCCCUGAAAGACAGAGCAGAAGCUUAUUUGCUGGAAGACCUGUACGAAGAAGCUAUUAAAGACUACGAAACUGCUCAAGCCAAUAGUGAAAAUGACCAGCAGAUUCGGGAGGGGCUCGAACGAGCCCAGCGGAUGUUGAAGCAAUCACAGAAGAGAGAUUACUAUAAAAUUUUAGGAGUAAAAAGAAACGCCAGAAAGCAAGAAAUCAUAAAAGCAUACAGAAAGCUGGCAUCCCAGUGGCACCCCGACAACUUCCAGAGUGAGGAAGAAAAGAAGAAAGCAGAGAAAAAAUUCAUUGAUAUAGCAGCUGCUAAGGAAGUUCUUACUGACCCGGAAAUGAGGCGGAAAUUUGACGCAGGAGAGGACCCACUGGAUGCAGAGAGUCAGCAGGGUGGGGGCAACCCUUUCCACAGGAACUGGAACACGUGGCAAGGAUUCAACCCCUUUGGUUCUGGAGGAGGACCAUUUACAUUCAAAUUUCACUUCAGUUAGAGCCAAGACUGUUUUCGGGUGGCUGCUGCUGUUUUUUACUUAAUUCGUUCAAGAAAAAUAAACUCUCUCUCAGUACAAGACCCAAAAUCUUAAUUUCUAAUGUUGUCCUUAACCCAGAGUCUUACCGCACUAGAAGAAAGCUCCUUCUUUCUUUCAGUGUUCAAAGGGUUUGCUUUGUGGUGAGCUUGACGAGCUUAUGCUGGUGGGGGGGAGGUUGAGCAAGGGUUUUGUUACAGCCUAGGUAUUUGUUGUGGAUGUGCAGGAAACGUUCAUUCCUUUGGAUGGAGAAAACAGUGAGAGGCUAUUUAGGGCAACACUUAAACGCAUCUUUAGGACUCAAGUAUAUGCUUAAAGGUAAAAAUGCAUGUAAAUAUUUCUCUGAGUCUGGGCCUAAUAAACAUGGAACGGGUAGUUACAAUAGUCUCCACGUUAACAAAUCGUUAGUCGUCGUGCUCAGCAGGAUGAUCCAUUCCUCAGUAUUCUUUAAAGGAAACCCCAGCGACCACCCUCUUGUAUUACUGUUGGCGGUGCCAUAGGUAGAGUGAAGAGGCUGAGUGAGUCUGAACAGUCUCUUUUAAAGAAGAUCACUUGUAAGUAACGAUAUCUGAAAAUGUCUGUUCACUUUAUUCCUUAAGCUGAAAUUGAGAUGAUUUCCUUGGCAGCAAUUGUCAAACCUGAAAGUUGAAAAAAAACAAAACACACAAUACACCUGUUUGGUUAUUUUUAUUUUCUGAAGACUGUUUCUGUGAUUUGGAAUGUUUAAGUAUCAUUUUUGAGUAGUUUGCACUUUAACAAAAUAUCUGCUUGAGAUUUGAGCAAAACAGUGUGAUGUGACAUUCCCCCAGCUGUGCAGCAGCUUGUUCCUUCUCUGUACGUAAAACUCAGUCCUCACAGGUUGUGAGGGGAGUGUGUGAACUGCAGGAAUAAAAUAUUAACUGGAGUUUUCCCCA